AAACGAACCCAAGCAAAGGCACUUUCUCAACUGAACUGAGGAUCGAAACAUCUCCCUUUCUCUCUCUUCGGCUGACCUGAGAGGCAGUUUCUCAGUCCGAGUCGACCGACCAUGUGGAGAAACUCAGUGAGUUUCUCAUCCAAACUCGCCGCCUCCCGCAAAAUUCACCCUUCUUCUCUUUCCGGCGUUGUCGUCGUUCGAUCCCUCUCCCUCUCUUUCCCCCCAUCCACCUCUCCCUCCUCUUCCAUCGAAGAAUCGGUCAAGUUAGGUUUACACCCGUCCCAUGGAGUUGGAGUUCAAGCUCAAUCAGCUUUGAUCGAUUUCUCUUCCUUGGCCGCCUCCAAAGCUAGGCAAGCUGCCGACUCGGCUCGCCACUAUGGCCGUUGCUAUUGGGAGCUCUCCAAAGCUCGUCUCAGAAACGUGGGAACAAGUAGCGAAUUCUCUAUGAGUCCGGAUGUUCAUUACUUGAUACGCAUGCUCCAAUCAUGCAACACCCACCAUUUUAUACAUCAAGGAAAGCAGCUGCACAUUCUUUUUCUCAAAAUUGGGCUUCUGGAAUCUACUGUUACAAUUGGCAACCGCCUUUUGCAGAUGUAUGUGAGGUGUGGCAGUAUAAGCGAUGCACAGGUUUUGUUCCAGGAAAUGCCUCAUAGAAACUGUUUCUCUUGGAACACCAUGAUUGAAGGCUACAUGAAAUCAGGGGAUUGUACAAUGUCACUAGAAUUGUUUAAGAGUAUGCCUGAAAGAAAUGAGUUCUCUUGGAAUGUAGUCAUCACAGGGUUUACAAAGGUGGGUUGGCUAGAUACUGCUCGCUGUUUGUUUGAUGAAAUGCCUAGCAAAAAUAGUAUUGUGUGGACUUCAAUGAUUCACGGGUAUGCUCAAAAUGGGCAGAAAAAAGAUGCUUUAAGAUUCUUUAAGCGUUUGAGUUCAAACCCUUUAGAAGUAUCAUAUAGAGAUAAAUUUGUACUGGCAACAGUAAUUGGGAUCUGUACUGAUUUGGGUGCUCUUGAGUGUGGGAAGCAAAUCCAUGCACGCAUUGUGAUUGAUAACGUGGAAGUUGACUCGGUUUUAUCUAGUUCAUUGACUAAUUUCUAUGGUAAGUGUGGGGACUUGAACAGUGCAAAUAACUUACUGAAUGUGAUAAAGGAACCAGAUGACUACUCCCUAUCAGCAUUGAUUAUAAGUUAUGCAUAUAUUGGUAGAAUGGGUGAUGCAAGAAGAAUUUUUAAUGUGAAAAGUAAUCCUAGUAGUGCAUUAUGGAACUCGAUGAUUUCGGGAUAUGUUUGCAGUAAUGAAUACCUUAGAGCAUUAACUAUUUUUAAUGAGAUGAGAGCUAAUGGUGUUCAAGGGGACUUCUUAACUCUUGUGAGUGUUUUAAGUGCCUGCAGUAUCCUAGGCAUCCUUGUACAUACUAAACAAUUUCACAUAUAUGCGUGCAAAGUUGGGAUGCUUGAUGAUAUAAUUGUUUCUGGUUCUCUUCUCGAUGCAUACUCUAAGUGUGGAAGUCUUGAUGAUGCUUGCAAAUUAUUUAGUGAGCUGAAAGCCUUUGACACAAUAUUGCUAAAUUGUAUGAUCACUGUGUAUUCAAAUUGUGGAAGAAUUAAAGAAGCAAAACAAAUCUUUAAGACAAUGCCUAUCAGAAGCUUAAUAUCAUGGAAUUCAAUGCUAGCAGGUCUCUGUCAAAAUGGAUAUCCAGUUGAAGCCUUAAAUCUCUUGCAGGAGAUGAAUAAGCUGGACUUGAAAAUGGACAAGUUUACCCUAGCUAGUGCAAUUAGUGCUUGUGCUUGUAUCUCCUCACUUGAAUUUGGUGAACAGGUUUUUACUAGAGCAAUCAUUAUUGGACUUGAGUAUGACGGAAUCGUUUCCAAUUCUCUUCUUGAUUUUUAUUGCAAGUGCGGUCUUCUUGAAAAUGGAAGAAAAAUAUUUGACAGAAUGACAAAGUGUGAUGAAGUUCCAUGGAAUUCAAUGUUGAUGGGUUAUGCUACAAAUGGCCAUGGACUUGAAGCAAUAGAACUUUUCAAUAAAAUGUUACAGGCUGGUGUGACACCGAAUGGUAUAACGUUUACGGGGGUGUUGUCUGCCUGUGAUCAUUGUGGAUUGAUUGAAGAGGGAAGAAGAUGGUUUGACAUGAUGCAGUGGGACUAUCAUAUUGCUCCAGGCAUUGAACACUAUGCUUGCAUGGUAGAUCUUUUCUCCCGCGCAGGUUUGUUUAAUGAAGCAAUGAAUAUAAUUGAACAAAUGCCUUUUAAGGCAGACAUCAGCAUGUUGUCAUCAGUUUUAAGAGGCUGCAUGGUGACUGGACAUAAGACUCUUGGAAAGAAAGUGGCAGAUAGAAUUGUUGAGCUUGAUCCUGGAAACUCAGGUGCUUACGUACAACUAUCUAACAUAUUUGCCUCAUUUGGGGAGUGGGGAGGAUCAGCAGAAGUUAGAAAGCUAAUGAGACACAAAGGAAUACAAAAGAAUCCUGGUUGCAGCUGGUUUGAUUGUUGAACAAGAAACUUCGGUA